AGUAAUAAGCUUAUAAUAAAAUGGCAGCGCUUCUCGUUUCAUUGCCGAUACAAGUCGCCUGCCAAAUAAUGUGCGGCGCGAAUUCUACCAGCAAAAAUCUAAACUGCGUUGAUAACACAUCGAGUUUUCAGCAACAGACGCCGGUGCCCAAAGGAUACGUAGCCUUUCCGGAUGUUGGUCUAGCCUACAAGUCGUAUCACGAUAAAGAAGUGACUUGGGACGAGGCUCGAAGACGUUGCAUCGAGAACGGCGCUACUUUGGCGAUAAUCGAUUCGUUGACGAAGCAGGAUUACAUAAUGAAAGUUAAACCAGCAAUGUCGAGUGCGCACGUUGGGAUCCACAGAUUUUUCAACGGCGACGAAUGGACGAGUAUCAAGACUGGUCUUCCCGUCACUUUGGUUCCAUGGGCUCCCAACCAACCGUUCGAAGGUGUCGACUUGAAGUGCGGAGGGAUGUGGCACGACGGAAGAGGAAUUUUUUCAGAAACGUGCACCGACAAGCGGCACUUCCUUUGCGAGAUUUCGAUACCAAAGGAGGACGUUUAG